UGCAUCCCUCAACAUUAAGUUGUUUUCUUCUUGUUUUCAGAGAAAAUCCUUAUUCCAGUUUCUAUGGAUCCUAGCAGUUCACAAUGAAGGAAGCGUACCAAGUCCUUCUGUAUUUAUUCAAAACCUUCUCUAUCUACCUAACAAAAUCCCGGAAAGGAAAAUGCCCAAAACUGCUCCUGGUGCCAUGCGAGGCUGCCUGUGGAGGUGCGUCCAAGUCCUGGCAUCCCUAGUCAUCCUGGGGUUCUUUCUUCAAGAGAAUAUUGCAGCAGUACGUGUGAAGCAGCAACAUAACACAUUGCUGAGUGAGAAGAAGAAAAUGAUUCAGCAGAUAGCGCAGGAGGAAAUCAGCUCCAAAAUCAAGAACCAUUUGAAACACUUCACAGAGAUGCAGCAAAGUUCCCAUGUUCUCCGGCAUGUCACCUACACAGUUCUGGCUGGAGCCUCUUACCAGCCAAAGAGGCUGCUGACGGUGGGCAUCUUCUCAGUGCCGCAUAGUCACAGGACUCACCUCUUGGACACCAUGUCAUCCUUGUUCCAAGCUUCCUCAGAACAGGACCUGGAGUAUAUGCUGGUCUUGGUCCUCCUGUCAGACACUGACCCCACAUGGCUCAACCAAACAGUUGCCAACAUUUCAGGUCUUUUCAUGCCUCACAUUGAAUCUGGGAGGCUGCUGGUGGUCCAUGGUCUGCUUGGUGGCUCCAGAGCAAAGAGCAGAAAUGAUACCUCUCCCUGUGGAAAACUAUAUUCUAGGCAAAAAACAAGUCUUGCCCUUCUCAUGAAUUUUGCCCUCAACCUCUCUGAAUACUUCCUGUUGCUAGGAGAUAAUGUGAAGACUGCCCCCAAGUUUCUGGCUAACGUCUUCUGGGCCUUGCCGGCCUGGAAGCAGCUCCAUUGGGUGAGCCUAGACUUCUCCAGCAUGCCGCUCUCCGGAAAGGUUUUCCAUACUGAGGAUCUUUCCCGCUUCGUCUCCUUCUUGCUCCUCUUCCCCAAGGACAUUCCCACUCACUUGCUUCUCUCUGAGUUCAGGCUUCUCUUGUCUCAAAAUGUUCCUAUCCGCUUCAGUCCCUCCGUCUUCUACCGAAUGGACAAGGACUCUGAGUUUAAAGACACAUGCUUUCCUGCGGAGCAAGACAAAGACUUGGGCAGACCAGACAAUCCUGCUGGGACUGUCUUUACAAACAUGAUCUCAUUUUGGAAUACAAAUCCACAGUUUGCCUACUUUCUCAAUGAUGACUACUUCUGGACCUUGGACCCUCUAGAAGGCAACUACUUGCUGGUGGUUCUAGAUAAGCCACAAAAAGUCAUCAAGGUAGCAGUGGAGACAGGCUCUACUAAGAAUAGGUUGAACUUAUUAAAACACGGGCAACUAUUACUGGGCUACAGCCCCAUGGAAUACCCCCAACGCUGUGCUCAUUAUAACUUGGUAGGACCAUUGGUGAGAGGUCAGUUGGAGCAGAUGGUAUUUUAUGAAGAAGAUGCUGUGACAGAGAUUAGUUGUAUAAAAUUGCUGGUGACAUCAUCUCAUGACUACCCCGUCAGGAUCAUGCAGAUCAAAGUCUGGACAGAAGUGGAGGACGAGGAGAGUUGGAGGCUACUGUAAGAUUUCUCUAAGACAGGGUCGGGGAAGGGAAAAAUAAAGCCAUCGAA